CGAAACGACUAACAAGAGCAAAUAACUCUAUUAUGUUGACAUGAUCAAACUUGCAACUGUACCGCGGUAUGUUUGAAACAAAACACAUUUGUACCGACAAGAUGACCCGAUCUCUUCAUUGAAUAACAAUAACUGGAUUGAUGGAUCAAAGCUGACAAUGGCAGAUAAAGAAAAAGACCAGCGUGUUAUGCAGCUCGCUGACAUUGUUGCUGAUACAAACGAGCGAAAACUACCACUGACCUUGUUGAAGCUGAAAGAUAUUUUGGACAGUUCAGAGGCGGGUGAGGUUGACUUUGUGCGACUGCGGCGAGAGGUAUGGGAGUACAACCUGCUGCAGGUGCUCAUCCUCGUCCUCAGACAGGACUUCAGCAUCAUUCCAGGGGAGUGGAGAACCGCUGUCAGGCUGGUAGACCUGCUCAGUCAGGCAAGUUCCGGUCUGAACCUCCCUCGCCAAGAAAUGCGGCAGUUUCAGGAGCAUCAUCUACCUCGAGCACUUGAUUACAUUUUCCUGCUGACUCGACGAAUACAGGCCCAGAUUACAGCAAUCAACGAGGAUGAUGUGGCACAUCCAGAGAGACAGAAGAUGGAGUUCAUUGGUUACAUUAAGGCUAUAAUGGAAUCGGUGGUGUACCUUGCCAGUGGUUAUGUCACGUUAGUUGCUGAGAUUUUGAAGUCUCCGUGGCUGCUUCAGCUGCUGAUAACAGAUGAGCCAGACACAGUGGUAGCAGUCAUCACCAUGAUGGACAAGGUUAUCAGGGUAUAUGGUGUUGCUUUGUCCCAAAUUGACCAGAAGAUUGUCUACAGCAUCUUGGAUGAACUGAUUUACAAGAUCUCAGUAAACAACAAUGUGGCUGUUGGAGCGGCAGCUACUAAGUGUAUCCUGAAGAUCUGUGAUGCAUUCCGACUGAUAGUGGAUGUCCUGUGUACCAGAUACAAAGGUUUACGCCCGUUACUGGGGAAGUGGCACGGCAAGGGGUUCGCUAGAGAACUGAAACAGCUGCUGGUUCUCCUGGACACUGGAAGUGCUAAAAAGGCAGAGAUGGAGAAAUACCACCUAGCUGCCAUCUAUCUGCAAGCAUGUUGGAAGGGAUGUAUAACAAGGAUCAAACUUAGGAGGGCAAAUGCAGCUUUCAAGAAAUUUCAGAGAACAUACAGACUGAAGAAGGAGAAAGAGGAACGGUUACGAGAACAGACGAAGAUAGAUGCCGAGUUUUACCACCAUCUGAAACUCAACAGACAGCGGAUCAUGAGAGAGUUCAAGGAGAGACGCCUCCACUUGAUAGAAAUAAUGCCAGCAGUGCAGGUACCCAGGUUUCUGCAGGGAGAACAGUCUGAUGCCGCUGUAAAAAUACAAACAAUGUGGAGAGGCUACAAAGAGAGGAAUCGACUUCCAGGUCGCCAGGAGGUCGCACGACAGGUCAAGGCUGUCAUCAAGAUACAGAGAGGAGUACGGAGGUGGAUGGACCGGCUGGACAAGAGGCGGGAAGACAUCCCCAUCUCCCUCAAACCCCCAGGUCUCACUGACGUGAAGAGGUUGGAGCUGCAUCAGCAGAUUGAGAACUGGAGAGAGAGCAACCCCACUCCCAGUAAGACCCCCGAGGAACUGCUGGAGAUUCACACCAAGGCUGCUGAGAUGCUGCACCAUCAUUACGCCAGUGUUCGCUCCCAGCGACGUACGCAGCAACAACGAGAUGCUCUCAUCGCUCGUCUAGACACAGACUCUGAACUCAUACUGUUGGCACCGGACCUGAAGUCUGUAACACAGAAGGAUGUCCACAUGUACACCAGCAGAUCGGUGCCGGUUGGCGCCAAGGCUCGCUCCAACCAUGUUGAGAUGAUGAAGAAGCUGCAGCUCCCUUGGUGGAAGAGACUGGGCGAGGAAGACGAGGAGGCGGCAGACUUAGAGAUGUACCAGGAGGAUAUCAUCUUUUAGUUGAACAACAAUAACAUUGCCUUUCUUCCAUCUUUUCAUACAUUGCAGGAAUUCCAAACAAAUUGGUCCAAAAUCAAUUCUUUGUCUUUAGAUAUUCCAAGAAGACCAAGAUUAUGAUCAUUCAUUUGUGAUCUUAUAUGGUAGGGAUAUCAAAACACCUUGUGUCCAUACUUAUCUUUGUCUUCAGAUAUUAUUCCAAGAAAAUCAACUUCAUGAUCAAUCAAACACUAUAUAUGAACUUCCAUAGCAGGAGUUUCAAAACGACUUGGUCCAAAGUCAGAUCGUAUGUUUUUCUUUAGAUAUCAUUCCAAGAAGAUCAACACCAUACCAGUCCAAAUGCUACAUAGGAUCUGUGUAGAUUGUUGGUUUUAUGUUGUUUUGGGCUUUCGUCUAGGGAAUAUUGUUCAUUCUCAACAAAGUUCUACUUUAACUGUGACACUGAUAGUAUGGAGCUUGACGCUACACAGGGUGUCAAUGGUACUGCAAGUGAUACCAAGAUCUGAUGACUAUGUAUUCAAAGAUCUGCCCACAUCAGUAUCUGUGGUCUUAACAUUCUGUAGUAGAAAAGUCAUGAGAAUGAGCAGAUUCUUGUUUUUUCUCUGAUUUUGACCAUGUUACUGUUGAUGUAUUAAAUCUCGAUCAUUUUGCACAAUGACAUGGGUGAUUGAUCUGCUUUCUGUGUAUUCAAACAUCUGCCAACAUCAGUACAUCCACAGGGAGAAAUCAUUGCAAUCAGCAGAAUUGAGUUGAAGGUAUUUUUGAUGUGUAAUAUCUCUAUAAUGUUGCAUAAUUCCUAUGGUUUUGUCAAUUCAACUUGUUGAAAUGCACUUUCCGGUAGCGAGUGAUUUUCUGGUUUAGAGUCAACUACAAUAACAGCAGCAUAUCACUGGAAUGGUUAAACUGGGAUUUUAUGUACAGUUACCAGCAUGGUUCAUGCUUAGCAUUUCUCCUCAUGUAAAAAUCCUAUCCCUGAAAUACUGGUGAAAGUGAAGUUAAAUCCUGAAUACUUUCUCCUGUAUCCAAGUUGUUAAAGAUCCCAUCACGCCAAGCCCUGGGUUUCAUUCCCUACAUCAUGCUGUUGAUCACUGGAUUGUCUGGUCCAGACUUGAUUACUAUUUACAGACCGCCGCCAUAUAGCUGGAAUAUUGUUGUGCAGCAUAAAACUAAAUUCACUCACUCAUUCCCUAGGCCUACAUAGAUGCAAUGUUGUGGAGACCAAUUCCUGUUUUUCAUGGAAUGAGCAGCCUGAAACCAUAUUCAUUCACUCAUUCCUAUUUCAGCAUGAGACCUUUGAGCUGCCAUCCAAACUCAAUUGUACACUUUAAGGGUCAUAUCAUACAAGUUGUAUUGUACAUAGAAGUAUUUAUGUAUUAUUUUGUAUUUAUUUACUGUAAUAAAUCCGUCCAUCAUUA